AUGGUUCGCAUCACCACCUGGAAUGUCAACGGCAUUCGCAAUCCCUUUGGCUACAAGCCAUGGAGUACGAACCGGACAUUCAAUGCCAUGUUCGAUAUCCUGGAGACGGACAUCGUCAUCAUGCAAGAGCUGAAGAUCCAGCGCAAAGAUCUGACAGAUGACAUGGUGCUUGUACCUGGCUGGGACUGCUAUUUCAGUCUGCCAAAGCACAAGAAGGGAUACUCGGGCGUUGGUAUCUAUACGCGCCAGUCCGUGUGUGCGCCUAUACGCGCAGAAGAAGGCGUCCUAGGCGCCCUCUGCCCUCCUGGCUCGACGACGUCGUACCGCGACCUCCCAGAACCUGCCAGCAUCGGCGGCUACCUCAGCCCAUCACAACUCGCCUGCCUCCCUCCUGAUCUUGACGCUGAUAGUCUCGAUUCAGAAGGACGCUGCCUGGUGCUCGAGUUUCCAGCCUUUGUCCUUUUCGGCGUCUAUAGUCCAGCGAACAGCAAUGGCCUACGAGACGGCUUCCGAAUCGGCUUCCUUACAGCGCUAGAGACACGGAUACGGAACUUGACGAAGAUGGGCAAGAACGUGAUACUCACGGGCGAUCUCAACGUCUCUAGAGAUCUUAUCGAUACCGCUAGAGCACAGGAUAACAUGCUGGCAGAAGGAAUGACGCAUGAGGAAUAUCUGAGCACGCCGAAUCGUCGAAUCUUCAAUCAGCUGUUGCUAAAUGGAGUGGUGCCGGGCCAGCGAGACGAGGGGCGAGAAGAGCCAGUACUAUAUGAUCUAUGUCGAGAAUUCCACCCCGACCGUGAAGGCAUGUUUACACACUGGGAGCAGAAAAUCAAUGCCAGACCAGGCAAUUUUGGGUCGCGCAUCGACUUCAUAUUGUGCAGUAUCGCCAUCAAGGACUGGUUCAAGGAGGCGAACAUCCAGGAGGGACUUAUGGGGUCGGAUCAUUGCCCGGUGUACGCUGUCACAAAAGACGUGGUGCCAGUGUCACUCGGACCAACAACAGGAGAGGGCGAGGUUAAGGAAGAGGUUCAUAUCUUGGACUUGAUGAACCCAGCAGGCAUGUUUAAAGAUGGUGUACGACAACGAGAGUACGAUACGGUCAAUGACGUUCCACCUCUCAGCGGAAAGCUACUAGCUGAAUUUACGAAGAGAAGGAAUAUCCGAGACAUGUUCAGCAAAAAGCCCGCUUUACCGAAAUCUACGCCAGCACCGACGCCGACGGCUGUCGACAAGGAAAGUCCACCAAAGACGGAUGUUACGUCGUUCACUAGUACGACCGUCGAUGAAUUGGACAGAGACCUGGAAUUAGCGAUCGCAGCCUCUAUGGCAGACAUGUCCUCAGCAGUCAACGGCAACCCCAUAUCAAGCCAGAGCCCGCUCAAAUCGGCUGAAAAGCGACGCGCUUCAGCAUCCGCAUCACCCAAGAAGCCAAUCAAGAGAGGCAAAUCUAGUGCCCCGGCCACUACAUCCAAAGUUCCUAAGGGUCAGCAGUCACUGAAGGGCUUCUUCCAACCGCAGAGUAAACCUACAGAUGCAGAGCUACCCAAAGACUCAUUAGCACCUGUCUCUCCGGCUGCAACUAACGAUGCACCUAGCCAAUCCAGCACGGAAAUGCCUCCUCCCCAAUCGCCCAUACUCUCUGACUCCUUUGACGCCGAUCCACGCGCCUCCCAAGAAGCAUCAAAGGAAGAUUGGACAAAACUCUUCUCUAAGAAACCGGUUCCGCGGUGCGAACAUGGUGAACCUUGCAUCUCGAUGACGACAAAGAAACCUGGUAUGAACCGUGGAAGGCAAUUUUGGAUGUGCCCUAGACCAAUUGGGCCGACAGGGCAUAAGGAGGUGGGUACGCAGUGGCGGUGUGGCACGUUCAUAUGGUGUAGUGAUUGGAAGGGUAGCUGA